GAUUGUCAGGAAUCGAGUGGUUGUCAUCGCAAAACAAUAGCAUAUAAGUAUGACACGUUCGCCCGAAGUGAUGCGAAAUCUUGAUGAAUCGCUCGUCCAGAUACUUCCUAAGGAAAAGAGUAGCGAUUUCCUUUCGUUCCUGAAUGAAAACCGCCAGCCGGGUACCCCGGACAAACAACAUCCUCCACAUGCGGGCACUUUCACCAUCUAUUCGAGGGAAGCCCCUUCCAAUUUUCCGAGUUUUGAGGAAAAGAAUGAUAACGGUGACGAUGCUGCGUAUGAAGAGAUGACUGCCUAUAUUCGCAAUUCACGCUCGGUACAGCUUCCCAAAUGGAACUCUACACCUGAAGUGUUGGUACCCUUAGCGCCCUCAAAUGCACAUCGAAAGCCCCGAUCGCGUCUCCGGGGGACAACAAUCCAGCCCUCUCUUCCUUCCCUUGAUGAAAAGAAACCCUUGUCACCAACUCUUUUAGACAAAGAGCGUAAAGACUGGGUUUGCUCUGCCUCUCUGGUAGUCCAAUCGAAAAGUUCCAAUGUGAGGAGACGACGGCUGCGACGCACGUCCUCCAAGAACGGCAAGCAUUUAGUUUCCACAUUUGGUUCCAAAGUUUCACCGUCGACGGCGAGUGGAGUGCCCCCGAUGAAAAAGUUGACGCGAGCUCUCUGUGUUGAAAAACUGGAACAGCAUGCGCUUUUUCUGGCCGCAACGGGUCACGAAGAAAAGGCAAUUUCCCUCCACAACGAUGCUCUCCUUGUAAAUCAAGCUGAGCUUGCCCAAAUCGAAAGACAUCUUCAACACGCACAGAAUAGGCAUCCAGCCUCGGUGGAAUCCAUUUCUGACCGACUUUACGAAGAUUGCAUUUCUGUCACCCAGUCAGUGGGUAAUAUUCGUACAAAAAUGGCAAUUCUAUUUGACCGUAUGGGAGAUAUAGAGGGGGCUACUUUCUAUUUUGCACAGGGAGAUUUUUGUGCUUCGCAACGGCAUGCGGAACACAUGUUGAUCCAACUCCUGAAUGAGAGAAAACACCUGAUCAACGAAAUUCAAAAAAAGGCUAGAGCUGUUCUGCAGCUUGAAACAGACAGUCUCGGGACCGGGCAUCCUCAAGUAGCUGAUACAUUGUCCUUCCUAGGUACCAUCACACUGGAGCAGAAUGAUCCAAAUGCCGCUCUUCAACUUCUGAUCAAGGCAGUGUCUAUCACAAAACAUGCUCUUGGCACAAAGCAUCCUCACACUGGCCUGAAGCUUUUGCAGACAGCAAAGAUCAGCAUGCAAGUUGCGCCUCCUGACGUCGAAAAGUCGUUAGACUACUUUAUGCAAGCCAUAUAUACGCUCCAAUACUCCAAGGCCCAUGCACACGUGGUUGGCUAUACCAUGAAUGAUGUUGCAAUCAUGAGAAUCCAAAGACACGAGUUUCCCGCCGCCUUGGCGUUGCUUUACGAAGCACUGGCCUUCUACAAGAAAGCAUACAAAGAGUUAAAUGAAGGAGAUAUCAAACUGAUCAACAUUCAGAUCUGGCGUAAUAUCGCUGAAUGCACUUCCCAAAUGCAGGACUUCGACAAGGCUUCAGAGGCCUUGCUAAUGGCCUUACGUAUCCAGCGAGAAGCCAGGAAACUAUGCAAUGUUUCCAAACACUCUGUGCAUAUUCCCCUUUCAGAUGAUGCUAGCAUCGCUGAAUCUUUAUGCCGGUUGGGAAAAGCAUACGUUGGGGCUGGACAGUAUGUGGAAGCCUUGACCGUCUACGAGGAAGCUCUUCUAAUGCAUAGGGAGAAAGUUACAGAGGCACAUCCUUCUGUAAGUAAAAGUACGCAUCCAGAACUCCCAGCUAGGCUGGAUCAACUUGCGAACGCGCUUUUUCAUGUUGGAGAAACGCACUACGCCAUAGGGGCUUUUGACACGGCCCUCGAUUAUUACAAUGAAUCGAUGCAGAAGAGGCUAAUUAGCGAUUCUCAUCGUCCAGAGAAUAGAAUAAAUAUGGUCCACUGCGCUAUGUGCUUGGUGGGAAUUGGAUCGAUCCAUGCACGUAAAAGCAAUUUUCAAGAUGCUCUGAGGACUUUCAGCGACGCGAUGUCUUGGAGUGAGGCGCAUGGUCUAAAAGAAAAUCAUCCCAUUGCUACAAUGAUCCGCAUUCGAAUCGAGGAGACAAAGGUGAAGGUCUUGGAACGGCAGAGUAGUAGAAACGCACUGUAG